CAGAAGAGCCGGCCUCGCGGCCGUGGUGUCGCUGGCCGGCGCCUCCGCAGUUGGCGGGCUUCGCAGCGGGCCGCCGUCGAUGGCGGCGGCCCCUCCCGCUCCCGUGGCUGUUGUCACCGGAGGCAGCCGUGGCAUCGGUGCCGCCUGCUGCCGCCAGCUCGCGGCGCGUGGAUACGGCGUGGUCGUCGCGUACCGCUCGGACGACGCGUCCGCUGCGAGUGUCAGCGAGGAGAUUGCGGCCUGCGGCGGGCGGGCCGUCACCGUCCGUGCUGACGUCUCGCGCGAGGAGGACGUCGUGCGUCUCUUUGAGGUGGCCGACACCGCGUUCGGCCCGUCCUCGCGGCUGGCCGUGCUGGUGAACAACGCGGGCGUCUUGGGCCCCGCCGGCAGCCUGCAGGAGGUCGCCACCGCCGAUCAGCUGCGCGCGGUCUGCGACACGAACGUCGUCGGCCCGCUCCUCUGCUGCCGCGAGGCCGAGCGGCGGAUGUCGACCAAGCACGGCGGGCAGGGAGGCAGCAUCGUGCAGGUCUCGUCCGGCUCGGCCUACAUCGGCUCGCCCCUGCUCUACGCGGCCAGCAAGGGCGCGCUCAACUCGCUGACCAUCGGCCUGGUCCGCCCGCUCGCCGAGGGCGGCGUGCGGAUCAACACGGUCUCUCCCGGCAUGACCGACACCGACCUGGUGGCUGACGCGGCGCAAACCUUUGACUUCUCGCAGGAGCGCGGGCGAGAGAGGAUCCCGCUCGGCCGAAUGGGCACGCCCGACGAGAUCGCGAGCGUCGUCUGCUGGCUCGCCUCCGAAGACGCGGCCUACGUCGCAGGCGCAAACGUGCGAGCGGCGGGCGGGCGGCCGCCCGGCACGACCCUCGGCUGAGUUCGACCUAGCUGGGAGGGGAGGCGGUCGCGAGGCAACCGCGGCCGGCGAGGCGUCGCGCGACGGCGGGCUCGCUCGCCGCGGCGUCUUGACGGCUGCGCGACUUUGCGAUGGAUUUCUCGACCCUCGUGCUCUCGACCUCGUCGCCCUUGAAUGAGGGCCGAGGUCAGGCAUGGCGGCAAGCGUGCGGAGCUAGCUGGCCCCCUAUCUGGCGCACUAUACAGGCGGGUGAUCACCUCAGACACCAACUCUUCAACCUCCCAUCGAUCGAUCGAGCUUCGAGGGUCAGUAGUUCGGCUGGCGACAUCGGUCGUCGCGAAGGCAAAGGUAAGGUAAGGUAAGGUAAGGUAAACUUCUC